CCCAAAGCAAUACAAACAGUGGAAACUAAUGUGGGCAUGGCUGGUGGUACCUAUUCAGGAGGUGAACCCCACCGCUCUGAAACUGUUCUAAUCAGUGUCAGCAGUACCAUGGGGUGCAUGGUUAUAAUUGGUGUGCUGGUGGCAGUGUGCAGAGCCUAUCAAUACACACAGAAGAAAAUAAAAAUGGAUAUACCACAGCAUACAGGGGUUUCAAAUAAUGAAGUUGCAGCAGAUUAUUCAAGUGGUGUUUAUAGUCUGACUAUGUUGAACAAUUCUUCUAGCAGAAAUUCAACAUCUGCCAGCAAAACAUGCAACGUAAUGAACCAGUUCCAGGAAACACCUUUGAAAGAUGGACAAAGCAGUGACAGUGGACAAUCUCUAGCACCUGAUCCCAGAGGAAUGGAGUUUAUCCCGCCAACACACCAACAUCUCAAAUUGCCAGAUGGUUACACAGUUUUUGCAGUGUUUACACCACCAGCUAGUGAUUACGUACCUUUUUGAAUACACAAAUGGCAACCAACAAGGAGGAAAAUUUAAUUACAAUUUUUGUUUGAAUUUAUGUUGAAAAUUUUUAUAAUCUUUAGAAUUGUAGUGGUAAUCAGUGCUGUGCUUAUAGUUUCCUGCUUUAUAAAGUAGUAAAAAUGGCUUUUGUACAAAAGAAAGUUAAACAAAAUGAUUAAAACAAAGAACUUGAAUGAACUAUACUUUCACGUAAAAUAAACUUAGGAAAUUGCCUUAGAUUGUAUGUUAUGAUCUGUAAACGUAAACAUGUGGGUUUAUCUUGCUUUCCAGUGUUGAGUGUUAAAAAGGAUAAAUGAUCUUCAAAAGCAAAAAAGUAUCAUAUCAAUUGUUG